AUGUCGAAAGUGAACAAGAGCUACCACGGCCACGAGGAUCCGAUCAUUGAUUAUUGCACUGGACUCACGAUCAAACUCCACCCACUUCAACAAGAACUCCAAGAUGCCACUCUUGCUCAUCACAAGAUGUACGUGAUGUUGGGAGCCCCUGAAGUCUUGACAAUCGGUCAAAACUUCCUCAAGCUCAUCCAAGGAAAGAACUGCUUGGAUAUCGGAACCUUCACCGGUGCCUCGGCUCUCGCCUGGGCUCUUGCCAUUCCCGAUGAUGGAAAGGUCGUGACAAUGGAUGUCGAUCACUCAGCUCUUGACGAGAUCGGUCGACCGGUCAUCGACAAAUGCUCAAAAACCGCGCACAAAAUCGACUUCAGAUUGGGAUCAGCUAUUGAUACUUUGGACAAAUUGAUCGCUGAGGGAAAAUCCGGGCAAUUCGACUUUGCUUUCAUUGAUGCCGACAAGGAGAACUACACAAAUUACUAUGACAAAUGCAUGCAAUUGCUUCGACCCGGUGGUGUGAUUCUUGUCGAUAAUGCCCUCUGGAGCGGACGUGUCACCCAUGAGAACAAAAGCCCUGACUCAGCUGCUAUCGAUGCUUGCAACAGACAUAUCAGUGCUGAUAAACACUCGCACUCUUUCCUCGUCAACACCGGUGAUGGCUUGCAUGUGGCGUUCAAGGCU